GAUGAGUCGUCUUCUCAGAAACACACGGUGAAGUGCACCAUUGCUCGUGUGUAACUGUUUGUGGGUCCUGUAUUUGUCAGAGGUUGUGUGUGUUGUGUUUGUGCUCCUUUAUUGACAGACAUGAUGGAUGAAGAACAUGGGAUAACCUUUCAGAGACUUGUAUCAGAUGAGAGCGAGAGCUCGGUCUUUUCCGAUGACUCGUAUGAGUAUUAUCAUACUGAGAUAUUUGGACUGUUACCCAGCUCACAGGCACGUCUAGGACAGCAGCAGAAACCAGACAUACAGAUCACAGAUGUUCAAAAUGAGCGUCUCUUGAUGGACAUCAGCGUACCGCUCAAAGCUCUGCCAGUGUGUAUGCAAGAAAAGAGAGACGUCAGGAAAAAACGCAAGGGGAGGCACAAGAUUGGCUAUUGGGAAUCGUGGAGGCGGAGCCAGCUUAUCGCAUGGAGGCGCUUAAAGGAGCACUUCAGCAGCGCUUUGACAAUACUGUUGCCAUGGAGACAAACGCUUCGCAUGAUUAAAGGUCAGUUUGGUGUCAGGAUCAAAGCCUACUUUGAGUUCCUGCGUUACCUGUUGGGUUUAAAUCUGCUGUAUUGCAUCAUUAUCAGCGGAUCUGUGCUGACCCCAACGCUGAUGUUCAGACAUAAACGUGAGAAUGUGAAGGUUUCAUUUAAUGUUAAAGACAUUUUCAUCGGAUCAGGUUUUCUGAAUACGACGCCAGUAUUUCAUAGUUUCUACACCAGUGGGUCUCUUAAUUUUGAUUGUUUAAAUACCCCGAUUCUUUUUUUACUCUGCAUGGCGUCCAUCUUCUUGUUCAGCAUCGUCGUGAUGGUCCGCAGAACUGUUGUUGGCUACAAACAAGUAUGGCUGACUGGAAAUCGCCUCGGUUCCACUGCGAGUUUUAAGGUUUUCUGUGGAUGGGACUUCUGUAUUCAGAACGAGGACGCAGCCAAACUUAAACACAUGUUUAUUGACAACGACCUGAAGAUGGAUCUCGAAGAGCAAAAGUCUCUUGAGAAACUCAAGGAGCGAAAUUUCCGAGCAUGGGUUUUGGUUAUUUUCCUGCGGAUCGUUCUCAACAUCCUGGUGCUGGUUCUUCUGGCCAGUUCCUUUGCUCUAAUUUAUUAUUCCAUCGAUUUUUCACAAAACCGGAAAACGGAUCCCCCUGAAUUCAACAAUUGGUUAUCAGUCUUAAAAUCUCUGAGUUUUGAGUAUCUUCCUCCCAUCACCAUGAUGACCGUGAAUUGCCUGUUACCGCACAUCUUUAAUAAGAUCUCAGAGUUCGAGCAUUACUUGCCUGCCACUCAGCUGAAUGUCACUCUGAUCAGGAGUAUUUUCCUGAAGCUGGCAUCUUUGGGCAUCUAUCUGUUCUUUCUUAUAAGGGCACCAAAACAUCAAGACAAGUGCAAGGAGAACGCGUUUGGGAAAGAGAUGUACAAACUCAUCAUGUUCAACUUUCUUGAGGGUUUCGUCAGCACGUUUUGCUUGACCUUCCCAAGAACGUUACUGGUGGAACGGUUCCCAUCUUCAAGUCUCCUGAAGAAGUUAAACAAGCCAGAGUUUGAUAUUACCUCAAAUGUUUUAGAUCUGGUGAACAGUCAGACGGUCACGUGGGUCGGUAUGUUUUACUGUCCUCUGCUCCCCGCGCUCAGCGCUGUCCGUCUUCUGCUGCUCUUCUAUCUCAAAAAGUUCACAUUAACACGAUGUUGCCUUCGGACCAAGAGAAUGUUCAGGACGACCAGUUUAUCGGUCCUUUUUCAUUUUACACUGUGUUUGGGUCUCAUCAUGUCGCUCGUCACUUUGGGUGUCAACAUCUACAGGUUUAAUCCUGGUGACUGUGGUCCGUUUGAAGGCAACAAUACCAUAUUUAACGUGACGGAUGUGUGUAUAAAGACGCUGCCCGGUCCCGUUCAGAGCACCAUCAGAUACGUCUCAUCCGAAGCCUUCGCGUAUGCUCUGAUACUGGCUGAAGUUGUCAUAUUGACUUCAUACAUGUCACGUGCACGAGCGAAUCAUAAAGCCAUCGAGGGAUUGAAGGACAUGUUGGUGAUGUGCAGUUCUGAUAAGCGUUUCCUGGUGAAGGAACACACUACCAUCCAGAGACAAAAACAGAGAAAACCCUAACAAUCACAUGUACAUUACUGCAUGGAAAAACUGUUCUCGGAUCAGACUUUAGCGGUGUGACAUCAAAGGAUGUAAAGUCACAAUUGUUUCGAUGCGUGUCGACAUUUGUAACUACAUUAAGUGUUAAAGUCCCGCUGUGGGGAAAAUCAAGUUUUUAUUUUUGUUUAUAUGUCUAUGGGAUGUUUUUAAUGUUUUCAGACAAGCCAUGUGCAAAUUCAUCAUUCAACAUCUUAUUCCUGCGGUUUCCAACAUCACAGACAUAUAACCAAUCAUAUCAACACAGUUGAACAUGCGGAUCAAGGGGCAACCUUCCGAUCUCUAUCGUGGAGCCAAUACACUGCAAUUCAUUGACUGGCCACUAGAGGCUGGCUCCAAUUUGGAAGUAAAUCCCAUAGACCCCCAUGUUAAAAUGUCCAACUUUACAGCAGAAAAUAUUAUGUUUACAGCCUUGUACAAAGAGUGUUUUUGGUCUAUAUUGCAAAUUUUGCCCUUCAUGACAACUGUGAGGGGGUGAAUGUUUUUGUCACUCAUCGGUUUAAAUUAUAUUAAGCCUUAAUGUUCUGCAUAAUUAAGGGCGUGACCACUUGAGUGACGGGUGAACUGCCAAUGCUGUCAUUACCGUUGAGCUAGACGGGUGUGGUUUUAGCAACCAGUCACUUCAUCUUCACCAACGUCCCCCAUCUUUACCCAUUUUCGGUUAUCCGGGAGUGACGCGAUGCCAAGAUGGCUACGGCAGGCCCCGCCAACUACCCACCCUUUACAAACCUAUGGGUGACGUCACAGACACUGCGUCAAUAUUUUUAAUAUAUAUUGUAUAUAUUUAUGCUGAAACUUAGCAGUUAUUUGGCUGAAACUGUAGCAUCUAUGUACAUGUAUAUCUAUGGUCCAAGGUGGUGCGAAAGAGUAGAGACGGGGACUAAUUUGCGUAUUAUACGCAUAUACAAAAUGAGGCAAGGGUGUAAAGUCACAUUCAAGCAGUUUUGAAGCAAGAAGAAAUUGCUGUCACAUGUCAAACAUUUAUUCUGUAUAUGCUCAAAGAUGCAUUUCAAAUGACUACAGGGAGACUUAAAAAAAAACAGUGUGUUGUCUGUUAUUUUCCUCUCUCACACUUAUAUUUUCAAAGCCAUUGUCAGUAUUAUACACCAGCUAUUUAAAUCAUUUUGUUAAGCUACAUAUGUUAUGUUUGUCAUUUUAAGUGUAUUUUUUUAAUAAAGCAUCUUUUUCUGUACCG